AUGUUCUUCUUCUUCGUGGGUGGAUUAGAGCAACAAGUCCGUCAGGUUCUCAAGACCGGUGUAGGUCGCUGUAUCACCUGCGGUUCUCCAGCUGAUCUGGUGGAUUACGAGAAAGUUCUGAAGAUUUUCUUUGUCCCUGUUUGGCGUUGGUCUGGUAAAGAGCCUCUAAUGCACUGUAGAAACUGCAAUCUCUUUUUCCCUGAGUCGGUAUCCCUUCCUCCAACCUCUUCGUCUCCUUCCACGCUCUCUGAUGUUCUUCGUUGUCACUCUUGUGCUCGUGUCGUCGAUCCUGGUUUCAUCUUCUGCCCUUAUUGUGGUUCAGCUUUGUAAUGUCCUUCUAUGUCUCAGAUGAUAGGAUCGAGCGGAAGAGAGGAUGGUUUGCUUCUUUGUCUUCUUUUGGGGAGUUAGGGUUUCUUUUAUAUACAGGCGUUUCUAUGUUCAGUAGUACGAUCUUUCAAUGAAUAAUAACGAAAAUUUCAUUGUUAA